AUGAUGCCUUCGAAGGGGAAUUCAUUCACGGAGUACGGGGAAAAGCCGAGCUCCAGGCGGCCCGGCUUGCUGAAGAACCAGCUGCGGCUGGUGCGGCGAGUUAUGCCGGACGGCAAGGCGCGCAAGGAGAUAGCUCCGGUGGAAGAGCAGCUGUCGUUCGAAAAGGGUUUCUUCCUCUUCAUCCGCGCCGUGCAGCUCCUCACACAGAACAACGCGGGGGUGAUUCUGGUGGGGCUGGCGGGGCCGUCGGGCGCGGGCAAGACGGCGUUCACGCACAAGGUGGCGGGCUUCAUGCCCUCCAUCGCCGUGCUCUCCAUGGACCACUACAACGUCGCCUCGCGCGUCAUCGACGGCAACUUCGACGAUCCGCGCAUCACGGACUACGAGCUGCUGCUGGAGAACAUCGAGGGGCUGAGGCGAGGCGAGGCGGUGCAGGUGCCCAUCUACGACUUCAAAUCCAGCCAGCGCGUCGGCUUCAGGGAGCAAGCAGUCCCCAAGUCGCGAGUGAUCAUUCUGGAGGGCAUCCACGCACUCAACGAGCGCGUGCGGCCGCUGCUGGACCUGCGAGUGGCCAUCACGGGCGGAGUUCACUUUGACCUCGUCAAGCGCGUGCUGCGUGACAUUGAUAGGUCUGGGCAGGCACCAGAGAGCAUCAUUCAACAGAUAUCAGAAACGGUGUACCCGAUGUACAAGGCGUUCAUAGAGCCGGAGCUGAAGACAGCGCACAUCCGCAUGGUGAACAACUUCAACCCCUUCUCCGGCUUCCAGGACGCCACCUACCUCCUCAAGUCGCGAGCAGAGGGCGAGGGGUGGGAGGAGCGGGUGAGAGGAGUGCUGGCAGGAGGGCACACGCGGGAGGAGGUAGAGACGUACGAGAUCUACCUGCUGCCGCCCGGGGAGGACAAGGACACGUGCCAGUCGUACCUGCGCAUGCGCAACCGUGACGGGCGCUACUCGCUCAUGUUUGAGGAAUGGGUGACGGACGGCCCCUUUAUAAUCACGCCGCGCAUCACCUUCAGUGUGUCGGUGCGGCUGCUGGGAGGGCUGAUGGCGCUGGGGUACGAGAUAGCGCACAUCGUGCACCGCGAGUCCAUCGUGCUGAAAGAGCAGGGCGAUGCCAGCAGCGUGCUGUCUGUGAAGAUUGACAAGAUUGAGCAGCUCAAAACCACUUACGUGCAGGUGAUAGGCAAGGACCGCAAGCGAGUGAAGGAGGUGGCGGAGCAGCUGGGCAUGGAGGGGGAGGGGGGGUACAUCUCGCAUCCUUAUAUCGAGGAUAUCAAACUUCACCACCUCACGCAGGAGAUCCAGAGCAACCAGCCGUCCCCCCUCUCCUCCAGCGCGCUCAAGGCGCGUCUACGCAUAUCAGACGACAUUCUGCCCUUCAGCCCGCCUGUGGGGCCGCGCCUUGCCUCGCCCACCUCCUCCUCUUCCUCUGCAGUUGCCCCCUCCUCCUCCUGGUCUGCAGGCGGCCACAAGCUAGACAAGACCAAGAGCCUAGCAUCCAUGGAACAGGGGGACCCAUGUCCAGACAGCAUGCCAGCGCCCACGGCAGCGCUAGCCAAGGCAGAGAUCAGCACCAUGCGCUCUGCGUGCUCUGCCACUGCCCUGGAGCUGCUCAAACUGGACGCCAGGGGGAGCAGGGGGGAAGGGGAAGACGGCAGCGCCGAGCUUGGGAGUGAGGGAGGGCAGGGGAGAGAGGGAGGGCAGGGAAGGCGGGUGGUGGAAGCGAGCCCAGCAGGGCGUGGUGGUGGGAGGGGCGCGUCUCGCAGUCGUCAAGGGCGGAAUGGUGAGGAGCAGCAGGAGGAGCAGCAACAGGCGCCAGUGGUUUUGUCCGCAUCAGCGGUGGCACAAAUGCUGCAGAGCAAUGAGGCCGUGGAGGGCAAGCUAGCGAGCAUCACACAGCAGAUGGAUCAGCUGUUGCUGCGCUUGGAGCAGGUUGGCCAGGCACGCAGCACUGCUGGCAGCAGUAAACCACCUGUAUCCAGCCUUGCCAGUCGAGCAGAGGGGCAUGGGGAGCAAGUGGCUGAGAGCGGUCUGCAGGGGAAACAGGUUUCAAGUGGUGGUGACACAGCGCAGAAUGGUGGGGUGUUUGUUCCGCUGGGGCAGGAUGGUGACAGGAGUGCGAGGGAGGGUGGGGGCGGAGGGAGUGGGCUGCAGAGGGACGUGAGUGCCGUGGCGGAGCAACAGCGCCACAUGACUCACCAGAUUCAAUCGCUCUGCACGCUGCUGCAGGAGGCGCAGCAGCAUCCAUCAACGCCUCAACGCACCUCAUACUGGCACGCCGCCUUCUCGGCUGCCAGCUAA